CUCUCUCUCUCUCUCUCUCUCUCUCUCUCGCUCUGACUCUCCGCCUUAUUCUCCUCAUUCGACUGAGUGGCAGCGCCGGGAGAGCAUCAUUAACUUGAACUAGACUUGACGGUCUCCGUAACUGCCAAUUUACCGGGCGCUCCUCCGCUGAAAGCUGCCUGUUGGGCUGUCAUCGCCGGUGACUGCACAUUGUUAACCGAAUUGUCUAUGUGGAGGCACAGAUAAUUUGUGUGAAAUUGCUACAGUGGUUGAUUUAUCUACACUGCGACCAAAAAGGCCUGCGAGCUGGCCAGAGAAGAGACCGGACUGCUCUCCCCCUCUACACACAGACUCGCUCUCAUUCAGUGCAGCACAGCGCGGAGACGGGACGCAGCGAACCAACCCAACGCAACUGAGAAGUUUUGACAAACGCCUGCUAUCGGGCAGCGGGAGUGGAUAUCUCCCGUUGUUUAGGACUUAACUCAAUCACACUAUACCCCUCUCUCGGAUUUGGACUUGGCCGUGUGGCUGUAAUACUGUAUGAUGGAUUUCGCGGUGGUUAUAGCUCUGGUGCUUUGCGCCCUGACGGUGCCGGGAUUCGGGGAUACUGGGAGCGGAAAAGCUCAGAGUUGUUCGGAUAUCCGACAGUUCUACAACGGCAAUGGUUUUAGUCUGAAAGGAGUGCCCCUGUCGGAAAUAUCAGGAGAGCAUCUCAGGAUCUGUCCCCAGGGCUACACGUGUUGCACCAGUGUCAUGGAGGACAGCCUAUCCAACCUGAGUCGCACAGAGAUGCAGGGCCUGAUCAGAGACGCUGGACGAGCCAUGCAAGCCUCCCUCAACGGACAGUACAAGGCCUUUGACGAAUACCUCCUGGAGCUGCUGAACCGUUCUGAGGGUGUCCUGCAGGAGUCCUACCCCCCGGUGCUAGGUUUCCUCUACACCCAGAACACCCGCGUGUUCUCUGACCUGUACACGGAGCUGAGACGGUACUACCGCGGUUCCAACGUCAACAUAGAGGAGGUGCUCAACGAGUUCUGGGCCCGCCUGCUGGAGAGGCUGUUCAAGGGAGCCAACGGACAAUACCUCAUAGGUGAUGACUACCUGGAGUGUGUUGCCAAGCAGUCGGAGACGCUGCGACCCUUUGGUGACACCCCCCGCGACCUCAAGUUGAAGGUGACACGUACAUUUGUGGCGGCACGCUCCUUUGUCCAGGGACUGGUGGUCAGCGGGGAGGUGGUUCGCAAGGUGUCACAGGUGCCCCUGAGCCCAGAGUGCAUGCGUGCCAUCAUGAAGAUGACAUACUGUCCCCACUGCCGUGGCGUGCCCUCUGCCAGGCCCUGUGCCAACUACUGUGCCAACGUGCUGAAGGGCUGCCUCGCCAACCAGGCCGACCUGGACACAGAGUGGAGGAACCUGGCUGAUGCCAUGCUGCAGGUGGCUAACAGGUUUGAGGGUGCAUCCAGUGUGAAUGUGGUGGUCCUCUCUCUCCCCAAGCGCAUCUCAGAGGCUAUCACCACCAUGAUGGACAACAUAGACACCUUUAACACCAAGGUGUUUCAGGCCUGUGGGAACCUGAGGGAAGGAGGAACCAGCAGCACCGGGUUGGAGGACGUGAAGAAGAGGGGGAAGGUUACAGUGCAGGACAGCCCAACCUCUGCGGCCAGACUGGAGAAACUGGUGUCUGACGUGUCGAGAAGGCUGAGGGACAUUCAGCCCUACUGGGUCUCGUUACCCAGCACCCUCUGCAGUGACAGGGUGGCCUCCAGGGCCCAGGCCGACGACAAGUGCUGGAACGGGAUGGCCCGUGCCAGGUACCUUCCAGAGGUGAUGGGUGACGGCCUGGCUAGUCAGAUCAACAACCCUGAGGUAGAGAUCGACAUCACCAAGCCAGACAUGACUAUACGCCAACAGAUCAUGCAGCUCAAGAUCAUGACCAACCGCCUCAGGAACGCUUUCAAUGGCAACGAUGUGGACUUUCAGGACACCAGUGAUGAUGUCAGUGGUUCAGGAAGUGGGAUGUGCGCUGACGAUAACUGUGCCCGGGGCCCACGCCUCAUGGCCCCCAGCACAGACAGACCCAAACUCUAUGCCUACCCACCGGAGAACAAGAAGGUUGUGAAAGCCUCAGCCAACCACAAUCUCCCCAUCAUCACUCUCUACCUGCUCUCAUUGGUCACGUUGUUGCUCCGCCGAUAAUUGACACAG